AAUGUUAAAUUCCCCCUUCCAAUUUUUUAUUUUUAUUUCGUUUUUGGUUAAUUUAACAUAUCUAAUUAAUCUUGGAUUAAUAGAAUCUGAUUCGGAUUUGGUUAAUGUAUGCCAGACGGCGUUGAAUGAAGCUAGGGUAGCGGGGAAGUGUUCGAAUGAGGAGAUACAGUUGAGUGAAGGAAUUAAAUUUUUUUUUAAUUUAAGGUAGUGGAAGGGUGGUGGAAGCAGACCUGGUCACGGGUACUGAUUAGGGAUGGGCGAAAUAAAAUAUUCUUUUGGAUAUUCGACCAAUUCCAAUUUUUUAUCCUUUAGCAUUGGAAGGGCCGUGGAAAAUCGACGAAAAAUGUCAAUUUUCCCUUUUCAAGGGUCAUGGGUUCGAACCCGCUUGGGGUAAAUAUUUUUUGUUUUCGUCCACAACUCUUCCAAAGGACUCCCAAGGUCCCCAUCGUAUCCCCAGACUUUUUUGAAUCUGCAUAUGGAUAUGCCAACCCCCAUUCCUUCCCAGCCUAGGGGAUAAAGCAAAAAUCAAAACCGCCUGUCUUGGGUGGGUUGAUUGAGAGAGGAUAACCUUUGGCCAAAAGCCGAAAUCAAAGCGCUUCUCUUGAAGAGCUAG